CCUAUCCAUUUUCAUUCUUCCACCUCCCUGUUAGAGUUAGCCCACACGUUAUGUCUCUGUAAAAUCAGUGUUUCGAGGCAGACUCAAUGAGAACGACCCUUCCCCACCAUCCUCUAGUAUGGGCUUCUUUUCCUUCUUCUACCUUCUCCUUUUUAUCACAUCUUCCGUCGAUGCGGCAGGACGAACAGUGCUGUCUGCCACUAGCACGUCGCCUGCAAGUGGAACACCGUCGUCCCAGGAUCAAACAUGGUGUGUAGCCAAAGAGGACGUUGGAGGCGAUAAGCUCCAAGCCGCGUUGGAGUAUGCCUGUGGGGACGGAGGCGCUGAUUGUGAUCCAAUCCAACCAGGUUCCGCGUGCUUCAAACCUAAUACAGUCAUGGCCCACGCUUCAUACGCUUUUAACAGCUACUACCAGAAGAAUGGUCGUGCUGCAGGGUCUUGCGAUUUUGGUGGAGCUGCUUAUGUCGUUCAUCAACCUCCUCAGUAUGGUGCAUGCAAAUUUCCUAUAGAGACGUCACCGAUUACUGGAACACCGCCCGACAGUGAGACGUCACCCAUGAGUGGGAUGCCGCCCAACAGUGUGACGCCCCCAAUUAGUGGGGCAUCGCCCAGUGGUGGGACGCCGCCAUCUCAGGAUCAAUCAUGGUGUGUGGCCAAACAAAAUGCUGCAUCGGACAAGCUCCAAGCAGGGUUGGAGUUUGCAUGUGGUCCAGGAGAGGCCGAUUGUAGUGCAAUCCAGCCAGGGUCCACGUGUUACAAUCCUAAUUCACUUGAGGCCCACGCUUCAUACGCUUUCAACAGCUAUUACCAGAAGAUGGCUCAUGCCCCUGGUUCGUGCAAUUUUGAAGGAGCUGCUUACAUCGUCAAUCAACCUCCCGAGUAUGGUCAAUGUGUAUUUCCUACGGGGACAUCGCCCACUAGUGGGACGCAGCCUGAAAAUGGAACCGUGCCAGCUAGUGGGACAUCGCCUAGUAGUGGGACACCGCCCAACAGUGAAACGCCGUCAGCUGAAGGUCAGUUAUGGUGUGUGGCGAAAGCAAAUGCUGACCCAGGAAAGCUCAGGACAGGGAUGGAAUUUGCGUGUGGGGAAGGAGAGGCUGAUUGUGAUCCGAUCCAGCCGGGCGGCACAUGUUACGAACCUAAUGUGAUUGUGGCCCAUGCUUCAUACGCUUUCAACAACUAUUAUCAGAAGAAGGCUCAUGCCCCUGGCUCAUGCGAUUUUGAUGGAACUGCUUACGUCGUUGAUCAAGUCCCUCAGUUUGGUGAUUGCAUAUUAAGUACGCAGACAAGUGGGACGUGGCACAACAAUGGAACACUGCCGAAUGCUGGGACGUCGUUGCCUAAGGAACAAACGUGGUGUGUGGCAAACGGGGAAGCUGGGGUGGACAUACUCACAGCACUACUAAAGUUUGGAUGUUGGAAGGGAUGGGCCGAUUGUAGUUUGAUCCAACAGGGUUCCUCGUGUUACAAUGAUAAUUCCCUUGUUGCCCAGACUUCGUACGUUUUCAACGGUUAUUAUCAGAAGAAGGCUCGUGCUGAUGGCUCCUGCAGUUUUGCAGGAGCUGCUUACAUUACUAGUCAACGUCCCCAGUAUGGUGACUGCGAAUUCACUACAACAUCCGGUAGCACGCCAGCGCCAGCGAGUGGGGCCUGGUUUUCCCAGGGUCGAACGUGGUGCUUGGCAAGUAAGAAUGCUGGGGAGGAGAUACUCCUAUCAUGGAUAAAAUAUUUAUGUGAAGGGGGAUUGGCCGAUUGCAGACAGAUCCAAGAGGAUGGAUAUUGUUACGAUAAAAAUUCAACCAUAACCCACGCUUCUUACGUUUUCAACAGCUAUUACGAGAAGAAGGGUCAUGCCCCUGGCACGUGUGAUUUUGGAGAAGCUGCUUACAUUAUCACUCAACCUCCACAAUAUGGAGAAUGCCAAUUUACUCCGGGGAUGCUACCUAGUAAUGAAACGACAUGGUGCGUGGCUAAAAAAAAUCCUGAAGGUGCUGAUGAGUGGAGGAUUCAGAAAGGCUUGAAGUAUGCAUGUGGGGAAGGAAGGGCUGAUUGUGCUCCUAUCCWGCUGGGUGGUACGUGUUAUAAUCCUAAUACGCUUGAGGCCCACGCUUCCUACGCUUUUAACAGCUAUUACCAGAUGAGGGCUCGUGAUGCUAGUGCAUGCAAUUUCAACGGAGUUGGUCAAAUCGUCAACGAAGCUCCUCGGUAUGGAGAAUGCCAAUUCCCUACCUAUUAUACUACAGGCAGCUAAAGAUAUUGGUCCCCAUAACAAAUAUUUUAUUUAUAUUUAGGGAUAUGGUUACUUUUUAUUUGGAGAUGUA